CUACUACCCUCAAAUGGAUCCCCGUGUCCGCGCCCGUACCUCGCGCCUCCUUGUGCAGCUUGCCCCGAAGCAGGCUGCUGCGACGAUUGCGUAUCAGGAGAUGAGCAAGGCGCAGAAGAAGGCGUCGUUUGAGGCGUACUACCGGCAGUUUGCGGACGAGCUUGUGGCUGAGCUGAGCGAGUUUGAGAUGCCGGACGAGGCUGUGCGGUACAUCAAGCGGAUGAUCGACUACACGCUGCCUGGCGGCAAGAUGAACCGCGGGCUGUCUGUCAUCACGACCUACUCGCAUCUUGUGGGCAACCGGCCGCUGACCGAGGACGAGCUGUGCAAGGCGUCUGUGCUCGGGUGGUGCGUUGAGUGGCUGCAGGCGUACUUUCUGGUUGCCGACGACGUGAUGGACCGGUCUGUGACUCGGCGCGACCAGCCGUGCUGGUACCUCAAUGAGGACGUGGGCCUCAUUGCGGUCAACGACUCGUUCAUUCUCGAGUCUGGCGUGUACCGGCUGCUCAAGAAGCACUUUGAGGGCGACGCCAAGUACGCGACGUACCUCGAGCUCUUCCACGAGGUCUCGUACCAGACGCAGCUCGGGCAGCUGCUGGAUCUGCGGACGUCGCCCGAGGGCUCGGGCCCGACGCUGGACAACUUUUCGCUGCACAAGCACCACCUGGUUGUCAAGUACAAGACCGCGUUCUACUCGUUCUACCUGCCUGUGGCGCUCGGCAUGACCAUGGCCGGCAUCACCGACUCGAAGCUGUACGACACGGCCCGCGACAUCCUUGUCGACAUGGGCGUGUACUUCCAGGUCCAGGACGACUUCCUUGACUGGUGGCAGGACCCCGAGGUGCUCGGCAAGGUCGGGACCGACAUCCAGGACAACAAGUGCUCGUGGCCGGUCGUCACCGUGCUCGACAAGUGCUCGGCCGCCGACCGCGCCGUGCUCGAGAAGCACUACGCUCGCGACGACCCGGCCUCGGUUGAGAUCGUCAAGAACCUCUACCGCAAGUACGACGUCGAGGGCGUGUACAACGCGUACCAGGACAAGAUGAUUGCCCAGCUCACCGCCCGCAUUGCCCAGGUCACCGACCUCCCGCCGGCCAUCUUUACCGACUUUCUGGACAAGAUCGCGUACCGCCAGAAGUAAACCCUUGCGCGCCGCGCGCCGCAUACCCUCA